AGAAAUGUGCAGAACGGUGACUCAUUCACUUGCUGUUGUUGUUCUUGUUGUUUGCUUACAUCCUGGGACCUAGGAGCGUCUAUCAAUGGUUCAGGCUGACAGUACUUCUUGGAAUAGUAAUUCAUUUACAGAGAAAAUAUGAUAAUUCGAUACUAGAACACCUGCCUGACCACCGAGGGAAAAAUGGGGUCUGUUCAGCGAGCAUUUGCUCAAAAAUUAACUAAGCAACAUGCUUCAGAUGUCAGACGUCAAAUUGCAGCGACUUCAUACUCAAGAGAUGCUUCAAAGACAGCAAGCAAUCCAUCGGGGCUGUCUUCCACAGUAUCCCUGGGCGAUGUUGUGGAUCCCCUCGACUAUGAAGAUUUCAUACAGCAACAUCAACUUCUCAUUGACCGCGACCCUUUACGGGCAAUGCUUGACUUUCCAGUCAAUGAUAUUGAGGUUGGUGUUAUACCUCGCAAGAUUCGCACAGAAGCCCCAGUUCUUCCAGAGGAACCUAUCUCUGAACUUUCGCCUCAAGUCCGGGAUUGUGUAGAGAGUUACACCCGUGAUUGGAUUGUUGUGGACUACCGAUACCGUCACCAUUCGAGUAGUGCGUUUUCACAAGAUAGAUCAGAAGAACGUCUUACAACUCUCCAAAAUAUUCCUCAUCAAGAAUUUGAAGUAGAUGGUGAAACUGCCCCUGCUAAUAAUGGUCCACCUCUUGAUACCCAAUCUAUUGCCAGCGGACGUUUGUCUGUCACAUCUGCUGACACACCCCGUGGAAGCUGGGCUAGCUUUGAUUUACAAAACUCUGUUAGUGACCCUGUCAUUGCGGGUCUUCUGGAGAGGACUGCACCUGAAACAAUUGAUAAACUCAAUGAGUCACGCCGACAAGAGGGCAGACAAGAUGCUGUUUUCUCAUUGUAUCCACAACAAGAUGAAGAAGAUAUGAUUGAGCGAAGAAUUUCAGCUGACAUCCCAACAGAACAUAUGGGUCACCGUAUUCAAGUGAAAUGUCUGCAGCUCAAGUUAGAUCUCGAAGUAGAACCGAUAUUUGCAUCGAUUGCUCUCUAUGAUUGUAAAGAAAAGAAGAAAAUCUCAGAAAACUUUUAUUUUGACAUGAAUCAAGAAGGAUUAAAGAGAAUGUUAACCUCUCAUAUUCCUUACAGUGACAGCAGCACUUUAAGUAGGUCGUGUAUUUUUGACAUAACAUAUCCAUCUCCUGAUCUCUUUCUUGUCAUAAAACUUGAAAAGGUUCUGCAGGGUGAUAUCAAUGAAUGUGCUGAACCUUACAUGAAAGAUGACAAAAAUAGAGAGAAGGUGAAGGCUAAUGCUGUUGCUGCUUGUGAAAGACUUGGCAAAUACCGCAUGCCGUUUGCUUGGACUGCUAUUUAUGUGAUGAAUAUUAUUACUGGGGUCAACAGCCUUGACAGAGAUUCUGGCAGUGACAAGGAAGGAAGUGCAUCAAACAGCCUCGAUCGCAAGCACAGCCAAACCAGCUUGGAACAACUGAAGAAACGAGCUUCUGACAUGGGUACUUUGACUCGUCGUGGUUCCCUAGAAAGGCGCAGUGGUUCUGAAAAGAGACGCAGCUGGUCUCCUGAGGACUUCGGCUCUGGCUUGGACACAUUUCGUCCGGUAACACUGACUGUUUCUAGUUUCUUCAAGCAAGAGCAAGACCGUCUAAGAGAUGAAGACUUGUACAAAUUUUUGGUGGACCUGAAACGCCCUUGCACCAUGCAUAAGAGGAAGUGCAUCCCUGGCACGCUGAAGCUGGACAUCUCGCCGUGCCCCGACGAGGUGCCCUACUGCCUGACCCCCGAGCUGGCCAGGAUCAACCCGUACCCCGACGAGAAGGGCCGCGCCACCAAGGAGAUCCUCGAGUUCCCCCCCAGGGAGAUGUUCAUCCCGCACUACUCGUACCGCAACCUGCUGUACGUCAGCCCCAAGGAGCUCAACUUCGCUGGGCGGACGGGCUCGGCGCGCAACAUCGCCGUCAAGAUGCAGCUCAUGUGCGGCGAGGAGGAGCACAACGCCAUGCCCGUCAUCUUCGGCAAGUCGUCGUGCCCCGAGUUCGCCACCGAGGCCUACACCACCGUCAGCUACCACAGCAAGUGCCCGGACUUCUACGACGAGUUCAAGAUGAAGCUGCCGGCCAACCUGGGCGACCAGCACCACCUGCUCUUCACCUUCUACCACAUCAGCUGCCAGCGCAAGGAGGAGAAGACGACGGUGGAGACGCCGGUGGGGUACACGUGGCUGCCCGUGUUCCGCGACGGCCGCCUGCAGACGGGCGAGUUCUGCCUGCCCGUCAUGAUGGAGCACCCGCCGCCCAACUACUCGUACAUCCCUCCCGACGUGUUGCUGCCCGGCACCAAGUGGGUGGACAACCACAAGGGCAUCUUCGUGGUGGUGCUGGACGCCCUGUCGUCCGUGCACACGCAGGACAAGUACCUGGACAAGUUCUUGGGCUUGUGCGCCGCGCUGGAGGACGGCUCCAUCCCUCCCCGCAUCGGCGAGGCCAACAUGGAGUCCGCGCUCAAGACGAGCAUCCUGGAGCUGACACACGCCAAAUCCGAGCCGCUGGUCAAGUUCCUGCCCGUCAUCCUGGACAAGCUGGUGCUGCUUUUGGUGCGACCCCCAGUGGUGGGCGGCCAGCUGAUGAACAUCGGCCAGACUACGUUCGAGGCGCUGGCCAGCCUGGUGAAGAGCAUCACCGCGCUGCCCGAGGGCCUGGGCGAGGGCCAGCGAGACCAGCACGGCCGGCACAGUCUGCUCACGGCCUACAUCACUUACCAGUGUGCGCUGCCGCACCCCGCCGAGGGCAGCGGCUUGCCCCCCGCCGUGCCGGACAUGGUGCCCACCCCGCUGCGCUCCACCAGCAACCCCAACCUGCACGGACUCGUGGAGGACGAACCGCUGGUGCCUGGCGUCAUGUCCCCGAUGGCCACCCCCGGCGGCGGCGUCGCCGCUGGCCGCGGCCUGGACCGCACCGCCAGCAUGCGGACGGCGGCCGGCGGCCCCGCCGUGGUGCCCAACGUCGCCAACGUGGUGAGGCUGGUGCACGAGGAGCUGGCCUUGCAGUGGGUCGUGUCCAGCGGCGCGGCACGCGAGUUGGCCAUGGCCAACGCCUGGUUCCUGCUCGAGCUCAUGGUGAAGAGCAUGGUGGAGCACCUGGCCGCUACAGACGGGCUAGACGCGCCGCGGCGCGCGCAGGGCCGCCUCUCGGAGCAGUUCACUGACGACGUGACGACCCUCGUGUCCACGCUCACCUCGGACAUCAUCUCACGCUGCAGCAAGGACCCGCGCCUGGCGCAGAGCAUGAACGCCAGCCUGGCCUUCUUCCUGUUCGACCUGCUCUCCGUCAUGGACCGCGGCUACGUGCUGUCGCUCAUCAAGACCUACUACAAGCAGAUGUCGGCCAAGAUCUCGUCGCUGCCCGACGCCGUGGGACUGAUCGGUCUGAAGGUGGACUUCCUGCGCAUCGUCUGCAGCCACGAGCACCUGGUGCCGCUCAACCUGCCCUUCGGCACGCCCUUCACGCCCUCCUCGGCGCCCUGCUCGCCCACGCCCUCCGUCACCUCGUCCAACAGCCAGUCGUCCUUCGUGUCGACGCUCGUGGGCGGCGACCGCACCAGCUUCUCCGAGCUGUCCCUCGAGUUCCGGCAGCAGCACUUCCUCAUCGGGCUGGUGCUGGGCGACUUGGCCGCCGUGCUGACGCUGCCGCACGCCGCGCUGCACGCCAAGGCCGUCAACAUGGUGCGCAACCUGCUGACGGGCCACGACGGCGACCCCCGCUACGAGGACGCCGAGUGCCGCGCGCGCGUCGCCGCCCUGUACCUGCCGCUGCUCACCAUCGUCAUGGACAACCUGCACCAGCUGCACGGAUGGCGCGAGCGUGGGCGCUCCCUCAUGUCCCCCGCGCUGGAGGACGGUCCCGAGCCCCAGCCCGGCAUCAACCAGUCCGUGGCCAUGGCCAUCGCGGGCACGUCCAUGUUCGGGCUACGCGCCAACACCACCAGCGUCGAGUCCUACGACCCGUACGCCCAGCCCAGGAAGAGCAGCCUCACGGCGGACACCACGCGCCACCUGCUGGUGUGCUUCCUCUGGGUGCUCAAGAACAUGAACAAGACCCUGCUGAAGCAGUGGUGGGCCGAGUUGCCGCCCCAGCGCUUCCACCAACUGCUCGAGACGCUGUUUGUCGGCAGCUACACGUUCGAGUACCGCGGCAAGCGGGAGCUACUCAAACGGUGCGCGCCGCAGACCCUAGCCAAGACCACGGACGCCAAGUCCAAGCUGGAGGACAUGAUCCUGGGGCAGAGCUCGGCCAGGAACGAGAUGAUGCUGCGCCACAAGGUGGCCGGCGCUGCCGUGGCCGGCGGGUCCCCCUCGGGGGCGGGGCAGAGCCCGGGGCCGGGAGUGGCGGGGGCUGACCGUCUGCGCUGGCGCAAGGAGCAGAUGGCGUACCGGCCCAGCCUGGAGCCCAGCGACCGGCCGGCGGUGGACGUGGAGGCCGACGCGCACCUGGAGAGCAACCUGGCCACCGAGGUGAGCCUCAUCAUCCUGGACACCCUGGAGCAGAUGGUGGCGGUGGCGUCGCGCUCCGACGCGCUGCAGCCGCUGCUCGGCGCCGUGCUCAAGGUGCUGCUGCACGCGCUGGCCCGCAACCAGAGCUCCACCGUGCUGAGGCACAUGUUCGCCACGCAGAGGGCGCUCGUCUUCAAGUUCCCCAACUUGCUGUUCGACGAGGAGACGGAGCAGUGCGCCGACCUGUGCCUGCAGCUGCUGCGCCACUGCAGCUCGAACCGCGCCGCCGUGCGCUCCCAGGCGUCCGCCUCGCUGUACCUCCUCAUGCGGCAGAACUUUGAGAUCGGCAACAACUUCGCCCGCGUCAAGAUGCAAGUCACCAUGUCGCUGAGCUCGCUGGUCGGAACGAGCCGCACCUUCAGCGAGGAGUCGCUGCGCCGCUCCCUCAAGACCAUCCUGGUGUACGCCAGCGGUGACACGGAGCUGCAGGAAACGACGUUCCCGGAGCAGGUCAAGGACCUGGUGUUCAACCUGCACAUGAUCCUGUCGGACACGGUCAAGAUGAAGGAGUUCCAGGAGGACCCCGAGAUGCUGCUGGACCUCAUGUACCGCAUCGCCAAGGGCUACCAGAACUCCCCGGACCUGCGCCUCACCUGGCUGGCCAACAUGGCGCAGAAGCACAUGGAGCGCAACAACCACACGGAGGCCGGCAUGUGCCUGGUGCACUCCGCCGCCCUGGUCGCCGAGUACCUGCACAUGCUGGAGGAGCGGCCGCACCUGCCGCUGGGCGCCGUGGCGCUGGAGCGCGUCACGCCCAACGCCCUGGAGGAGAGCGCGGUGUCCGACGACGUGGUCAGCCCCGAGGAGGAGGGCAUCUGCCUGGGCAAGGACUUCACGGAGAUCGGCCUGGUCGGCCUGCUCGAGCACGCGGCCAGCUCCUUCAACCUGGCCGGCAUGUACGAGGCCGUCAACGACGUGUACAGCAUCCUGAUCCCCAUGGCCGAGGCCAACCGGGACUACAAGCGGCUGGCCGCCAUCCACGCCAAGCUGCACGAGGCCUUCACGCGCGUCGAGCAGCUGCAGGGCAAGCGCGUCUUCGGGACGUACUUCCGCGUCGGCUUCUACGGCUCCAAGCUGGGCGACCUCAACGGCGAGGAGUUCAUCUACAAGGAGCCCACCCUGACCAAGCUGCCCGAGAUCUUCAGCCGCUUGGAGAACUUCUACGCCGAGCGGUACGGCGCUGAGAACGUGCAUGUCAUCAAGGACUCGAACGCCGUGGACACGAGCACCCUGGACCCGGACAAGGCGUACAUCCAGAUCACCUACGUGGAGCCCUACUUCGAGGCCUACGAGCUGCGCCACCGGCAGACCUACUUCGACAGGAACUUCAACAUCAAGCGGUUCGUGUACGCGACGCCCUUCACGUCCACGGGCCGCGCGCACGGCGAGCUGCACGAGCAGUACAAGCGCAAGACUAUCCUCACCACCACCAACCACUUCCCCUACGUCAAGACCAGGAUCCAGGUGGUGAGCCGCAAGGUGGUGGAGCUGACCCCCAUCGAGGUGGCCAUCGAGGACAUCCAGAAGAAGACGGCCGAGCUGGCGCAGUCUAUCUACCAGGAGCCACCGGACCCAAAGAUCUUGCAGAUGGUGCUGCAGGGCUGCAUCGGCACCACCGUCAACCAGGGCCCCAUGGAGGUUGCUUUGGUUUUCCUCUCCGACUUGGUGGAUGGACAGAAGGCCCCAACCAAAUUCCAAAAUAAACUAAGACUGUGCUUUAAGGACUUCUCUAAGAAGUGUGCUGAUGCUUUGCGCAAGAACAAGACUUUAAUUGGAGCUGAUCAACGAGACUACCAGCGAGAGCUGGAGAGGAACUAUCACAGAUUCAGUGACAGACUCACACCAUUGAUCACCCUCAACAAUGUUGCUGGUCGCAUCAGGAAGUAAUUAAGUUCUCAAAGUCCCUGUACAGUAUUUGUUGAGAUUGCAUUUAAAAAUUUUUGACAAAUACAUGGUGUGUCUAUUACUCAUGAUUUAGCAUGACCAACAUAAGAUCUGAUUUUGUAUUGUUGGACUCGUAGUAGUAGACACACCAAGUAUGUGAAGUAAUUUCUUUUUACCCAACUAAGGAAUUGAAAUUUUAAGAAUGAGAGUGACGAGUGCACCAAUUAGCGAUAGCAAUCUAAUUUUGUAUUGUAUUUGAAUGAGAUUAAUUUUCAGCACUGCCAUACCUAAACUCAUUUAUGUAAGGGCUUUUUGAAAUAUUUUGUGGUAGCCCUUUUAAACAAAAUGGCUUUUUUUUACCAUUGAAUUAAGGUAUGAUCUGGUUGUGUGAUGUGAAUUUAUUUAUAAGUAAUUUCCUUGAGCGAUUUUAUGUAAAUGAAACAGACUGGUGGAAGACUGAAGUGAAGGUUUGACCCUUUGAAACAGUUUGCUCAUGCUGCUUUUUUCUGUGUUAUCAUUUUUGCUUUUCAGUUACCUCUGCAGGGCAAUCUGUUCUAGUUUUCAUCAUCCAGUUCAUUUCUACUCUAGUCGUACCUAUCCAUCCCAAAAUUCCCCAACAUUGCAAUGUUAAGUUCUUUUCAUCUUUUGUUUUAAGUUAAAGUUAUACACAUUUUAUUAUUAUUAAUAUGUUUUCCAAAGCCUUGUGUGAUAGAUAAUUGCCAUUACGUUGCUUAUUAUUUUAGUGCUUCAACUGAUAGGUUACCUCUUACAAGCAGUAUUCUCAUUAUUAUUAGUAGUAUGGUUGUCAUAAUCACCAGGCAUGUUUGUUUCAUUAAUUUUCAAAAUCCCAUUUGGAAAAAUUGUCUCCUCUUCUCAUAUGCUCGAAUGUUUAUACUGACCACCAGUAGUGAGUCUGUGUCUUUUUUUUAAUUUUGACUUUAAAAUUAAUUUUUACAGCUGUACGGCAGCUUUAGCCUAAAAGAUUAAAUACGUAAUUAAUGAAAACUUUGUUGUUUAGGUAAUAAUUUCUAAAUAAUUUUAAUUGCAAUCUUCACUGUGUAAUUAUAAAAUUUGAAGGAGACAUAGAAGAUUCAACUGGGACUUCACCUCGCUUUGUCAUUCAUGUAGUACCGGCUGGAAGCGCGAUGGUCACAAAUACAGGCAGCUGUGCUGCUCUAUUAUGUUCCUUACAGCUUUUGUACCUCCACACAUGACUGUUUAUUAUUGUACAAGUAAUAUAUGCUUUUAGCCAUAGGUUUGUACUAUUUUUAAUACUUUGAAGCAUUAAAUAGCAAUACACUUUA